CAUUCACAAACAGUUCGCUGCAGUCAAUGAGCAAGUUAGUCGAAACAUACAGACGGAAAGAAGCACUGGCCAGGGCUGAGGUGCGGCAGCUUGGCAUCCAGUUGGAGACCCUGCAGCAGCAGAUGCAGGCAGAAGCGUCACUGCUGGAGGAAGCCAGGCAUGACCUGAAGGUGUUCCGGCAGGAGGUCGAGAAGCUGGAAGCCAUGAACGCUCAGCUGGAGACGGAAAAAGAAGAACUGGAAGAAGCUGCUGCCAAAAGAACAUUGAAGUUGGCAACGCAGCUUCAGGAUGCACAGCAGGAGUACCAGUCUCUCAGUGACAUGCAUGCCAUACUCAAGCAACAGGUGGAUGUGUUUAAGAGCAAGCUGGAAAGUGAGUCGAGGCAGCUAGAGGAAUCGGUAAAGGAGAAGAAAGCGAUUCUCAGACAACUGAAAGAGAAAGAUGGAACACUAAAGGAGCUAACCUCAACCGUGAACAGUCAGAAGAAGGACCUUGUCAGAAAGGAUGAGGAAAGCGAUGAGAUGGAGAAAGCCAUGCAACAGCUAUUAAAGGACCUGGAGUCCAACAAGAAUAAGAUUACCGAGCUUGAGGCACAGGUGGAAGAGAAGGAGAAGACAAUGGCUGGCCUCAUAGAGGAGUUGAACAAAUAUCAACAGAUUGCCGGUCUAAUGCAGAACAUCAGCUCAAGCAAGGCACUGCCAACCCGCAGCAAGAAGUAAACGCACACGCUGAAUGAAUGCACGGAGGUGGUGGCGCGAGAAUGAAGAAGCUGCCACGAGAUGGCGCUGCGGCCUGCCGCGCCACCCGUUGAACUGUGUGUGAGACCGUGAUACCAGCUGUAGCGUAGGGGGUUGGGAUGCAGCUUUGUCAGGUGGUAACGAUGCAUCAAAGCAUCAUUUCAUUGCAGUAAUGCUUGGUUCAAUAUCGAUUGCAAAGUGAUACACCGAUAACUAUCGCUGAUAGUUUACUGAACAAGCGAUAGUUUUCGAUAGUUUCAACAUUAAACGACCAGGUUAGUUCAUCCACUGCUGAAUAUAUGUUUUCUCGCAUAAAUGUGUCUAAAAACCAGGUGGGCACUGCUGUAUAACAACCACCAGUAUUUAUUACGCCAGGAGGGACAAGUGGAAAUGCGAAAUUUCUGUAGUUAAGUGUAAUGAGUGAACAAAACAGUACUAGAUGAACUUUGGAGAUUUUAAUAUAUUCUCAGAAUUCAUAACUCAUAAAUUUCUAUAAUUCAUAUGUGUAUAGGAUUAUGAUAAGGUAGGUGUAGUGGUACGACGGGUAGUAAUCAUAUGCUUGCCUUAAAGGUCAGAAAUAAUGGGAUGCCAAGUAAACAAAUUCAUAAUGAUGUUAUCCUCAUCGUGAUGUUAGGCUGGUGCGAGCAGAAAUGUCCACUAACAGUUUACUGUUAGCAUUACGGGUAUUGAGUACCGGUGGUUGUUAUAGAGUGCCCAACUGAAAACCAUUACAGUGUUUUCAUUUACAUUCAUUCAUUGCAUGCAUUGCAUUCAUUGCAUUGUUUUCAUUUACAUUCAUUCAUUGCAUUUUUCAUACAUUCAGUCAUUUCAUUUACAUUCAUUCAUUUUCAUUUACAUUCGGUCAUUGCUGUGAAUAAUUCGGUUUCUUAUCCAUGCAUCAUCCACUCAUCUAACUCACUCGCUGUCAACGAGCGUGUGAGUGCAACGACAGGGUGCUAGUAAAGAAUAUUAACCAAAGCGUACGUACAUACCAACGUACAAGUGUCGAUAUAAUAUCAUACACAGUUUCAUAAUUGGUCAAUAUCAUCUCUUUUUUUAAUUAAUGAAAUAGUAUCGGCAAUAGUAUUUCAAUUAUCCCAAUGCUAUUCCAAUAAUAAAAUUGCACCCAAUAAUCGCCCCUGCAGAAUUGCUGUGUGAGUGCGCGUGCGCGCGUACGUGCGUGUGUGCGUGAGUGUGUGCAGGCGUGCGCGCGCGCGUGUGUA